GAACACACGACUGUCCGCCCGUUCAUCCGUCCGCUGGUUUUUGUUUUUUUUUUUUUUUCAAAACGUGUUGGCGUUCUUCUUCAUCAACGUACCUAUGAAAAUUCAUCUAAAAAGUUCAAAAUGAAAGCGUUCUCAACGAUAAAUUCAAUCAGAACAGCCGAGAAUCUACCCGGAAUGGAAUCGGGGGGAAACGUAUGAAAUAUCAGGCAUACAACAACGAAGUGCACACAUUUGCUACAAGGACUAACGAUAACGAUAGCAAAUAACUGGUUUUUUCUUACUUUUGAACUUCGAAUUUCAUGUUUACAAUUCGCGUUUUUAAUGCAUUUUUAAACACAAUUGUUCCCAAUCUAUUUUUAAUUAAAUUAUUUUAAUAUAUAGUAAUGAAUUGUACUUCAGAUUGAUUGUAUGAAAUUUCUUGUUGUCCAAGUUCGAUAUCCGUACGACAAUUGUGAUAAGUUUUAAUUGUUUAGUUGGAUCCUUAUAGUUACACCUCACACACACACACAUACACACAAGCAAGUGUAAAAGUUUAAACCAAAAAUACCUAAGUGUAUAAGAAAUAGCUGUGAAAUUCUCAUGCAACAAUUAUUUGUCUGUGUCGAAUUGUAUAUUGAUGUUAUAGCUGUAAUACUAACCUCGUUGAAAGCAACUGAAAUCAAAGAUCUUAAAUUUUAAUUAAACGUGAAUUCACAAACAUAUAUAACAUAAUCAAAAAAUAUAUUUAAAACAAAUUUAAGUUUAAAAUAAACACUAACCUUUGGCUGAACUCUAAUUACUGCGAAUAACUCCAUUCCAAGAAACAGUAUUUCGUGUAGUGGAUCUCAAAACUGGAUACAAGUUUACCACUCACAAAACCAACACUCUUAACUCAAGUGUUGAACACAUUAUUUUAACUUACUUUUUAAUCAUUAAAUUCGCUCUCUAUUUUUGGUAGCAAAGUAAAAAAAAAAAAACAUCUCAAUAAUGUUCUUACUCAAGCGCAAAUGCGCGCUGCUCUUCAGCGUAUACUCCAUGUCACUGCUACUCGUUUGUCUUUUGAAGCAGCCAUCCACAGUUGACGCUUGCUCUAGUCGUUCCAUACCGAAACCACGCACUCUAUCCUCGGCAGCUUCUUCGAUCUCGCCACAAAAGUCAACAACAUCCGCACCGACCACUACAACUACUACUACUACUACAACAACGGAGCCCACAACGACUACCACAACCACACCACGACCAAACAUCACUUUCCCUACCUACAAGUGUCCAAUAAACUACGAUGCUUGGUACUGCCUAAACGAUGCCACGUGCUUCUCAGUAAAGCUGGGCGAUUCGGUGAUGUAUAACUGCGAAUGCGCUAAUGGAUUUAUGGGACCUCGUUGUGAGUACAAGGAAUACGAUGGCUCAUUCUUGCCGAAACGUCCACGUCCAAUGCUGGAGGAGGCCAGUAUCGCAAGUGGCGCUAUCUGCGCGCUACUCUUUGUCCUCUUCAUAUGUUUGACUUUGUAUUUGCGUUACGAGCAGCGUGCCAAAGUUGCCGCACUAGGCGGUGAUGGGUAUGAAAUUGCUGACGGUGUUGAAGACGAUGACGAGGAGGGUGAAAAUACAUAUUUUACAACCAAAGCAUGUCGUCACUGCAAUGAGAAACAAUGUUGCGGCGCAGAAAUACGAGUUGGUGGCGGCGGUGGAGGUAUUGGUAUGCUACGUGGGCGUGUCCACGGAGCUGCUGAGGGUAGCGGUGGUGGCGCGCCAACACUCCGUCGUUACAUUGAAGCGUUUUCUAUGUCGUUUGCUAUAAAACGCACCACAAAAUUGUAAAAUGAAAUGCGUGCAGAGAAAGAAAAAUAUAAAGGAUAGAGUGAUGGAAAUUGUGUUGUAUUUGCAAAAAAAAAAAAACAAAAAAAAAAUGUAGUAUUUACGACCAAUAAAUAAACUUGCAAGGCGACAGAAAGCUAAAAAUUAAAAAAGCUAACAGUUCAUUUCUACCACGUCUUAAGUGCGGUUUACGCCGAUUAGAGAAAGGAGAUUACAACUGUAAGGUGAUAAUUGCUCAUAUUAAGUACAAGCGAACGAAAGUAAAAGAAAAAAAAUUAAAAAUUUCAGUUAAGCUCUUGGUGGAAAUGGGAUAUAAGAUGAAGUGAUUUUUAUUAAUUUUGUUUUUCAAUUUCGAAUUCAGAAUUUUUUCCGAGUUUUCUCAUGAUAUUCUAAAGUACUUAACUUUUAAUUAGAAUCAUACUUUUAUUAAAUAAUGAAUUCGUGCUUAUUUUUAUGAACUUAUAUUUUUUAAUACGUAUUUAAAUUUAUGGAGCCUUUAUAUUUUUUGUUUUGUUUGCCAAUACAGCACAAUUACCAUCCCUUAGAGAAAAACAACGAAAUUAUUAAGUAAUAUAAAGCUUUGUUAGUCACUUACAUUUGUAGCUAACAAGCGAUUGAUAUUUUUAGCUGAACACUUUAAUGAAACAAAUCAGUUUUAGACUUAAAAUGACUUAUUGCCUUCGAGUGCUUUAUAUACAAUACAUAUACACUCCUGAGAUUUCCUAAAUGCGUCACAAAACUAUUUUAUGAGCAUUCAUAUGAUUAAAAUCCAAUUUCAUAAAUAAAUCCAUGACAUCACAUUUGCAUACAUAAAAUCAUUCAAUGAAUCUGAAUCUCAUACUUAAACAUACAUAUGUACUUGCAAAAUACAAUGAUGAAUAAAAAAAAUUAACUUUUUCAA